GCCUACGUUCGUUAUUGUUUACAUUUCAGUCGUGAGUUCCUAUCCAAAAAAUUCUUGAAAGAAACUUCCUAAAAAUGAAUGCUGAAUAUGUAAAUUUUGAUGAAAUCUGCCGCACCUGUAUGCUAAAAAAAAGGCCAAUGCAACCCUUGUUUGGUUCCAGCCUCGAUUCUAUGCUGAUGACAGUUGUGAACGUUAAGGUUGUCAGGAACGACGGGUUUCCGGAGCAUUUGUGCGUGCAGUGUGUGUUGCAGAUCAGCAAGUCAUUCUUUUUCAAACAAAUGUGUGAAAAGACACAUGAAAGACUGCAAAAGUUAUUAGAAAAUCGCAUGACUAACGUGAGCGGCGGUCAGGAUGAACCAUCUGUUGAUGUUAGUCCUUUGAAGCCAUUACUCAGUUCUCAGGCCUUUGUUGAAGUUUCCGAACAUAAUCAACCACAAUGUUUUUCGAAAAAGGGUCGAAUAGGCUCGAACAAUGAACGAUUGGAUUUGCAAUCAAACAAUUGUGUAAUUUUGUGGCAAUCGGAUAUAAUUGGCGUUCCAGAAACAUCAAGUUUAAAUGUCGAACUCGAUCCAAAAUCCAAGGAAGUACAUGGCACAAUAACUGAAACAAAAACUACAACAACCAAUUCAAAUGAUUUUAUACAACAUGAUUCCACAAGCGAUGCGAUUAUACUCGAAGAGUGUGAUCAAUAUGAGAUAGUUGAUUACAGUGAAGCAGAAGCUUUCACUGUUCAAAACGAUGUGAUCGUAAAAGAUAAUGCGCCUAAGACAUAUCAAUGCGAACGAUGUCAGAAAAUGUUCACUUCUGUAAAUGAUGUGCUGAAACACGAACCAUGUAUACAGCCUGUUAAAGUAACUUCAUUGGCCUUGAACAGCAGCAUUAUAUCUGAUAAGCUCCAAUGUGCAUAUUGUAGUAAAAUAUUUACGGAUGCAGCCAAGUUACGGCGUCACUCGAAAACACAUCUUGCCAACAAACCGCAUGUAUGUAAGGUUUGCGGUAUGUCCUUUGCCGAAAGCUCGAACUUGACCAAGCAUUCGCGGAAACACACUGGCGAGUUGAGAAACGUGAUCGGUAAACCGAACCUAUGCUCUGUCUGCGGCAAACGGUUCAAGUGGGCCACCUCUCUGUCGAAGCACAUGAAACAUCACACAAAACGUAAGUUAUUUGUGUGCACUCAUCCGGGAUGUGAGCGCUAUUACGUGGAACAGCGUUCGCUGGAUGUGCACAUGUUCACGCACAACGGGGUGAAACCCUUCACGUGUAACUACUGCGACAAAGGGUUCACACAAAAAUGUAACCUCGAAAAGCAUGAGCGAGUACAUACAGGUGAAAAACCAUUCAGAUGCCAGUUAUGCAACAAAAGCUUUUCUCAGAGCGGCUAUUUAGCAAUUCAUCAAAGGAUUCAUAACCAUGACAAGCCUUACCCGUGUGAGGAAUGUGGAAAAUGCUUCACCAGCUCGUCAGCUUUAAAAGUCCACCUGCGGUCGCAUUCCGGCGAAAAACCAUAUGCCUGCGAUUCCUGUAACAAAUGCUUCUCACGCCAGGAAACCCUAAACAUUCACAAGCAACGUAAACACACGACGGCGACCGGAACCCAAUUCCACUGUAAACUGUGUUCAGCUGAUCCAUUCGAUUCCUCCGUAGCACUUACGGAUCACAUGAAAACCAACCACGGCGAUCGCUUCUAUCAUAUUUGUACCAUUUGCGGCGAUAUAUUUGCUUCAGUUGCCAGUUUGAAGAACCAUCAAAAAACUCAUCUCUCGAUGGACGAUUCGAUUCCACAAGAAGUGUCACCAUCAAUUCAGUUCAUAGUGGAACAUGACGAAAAACAAUGACCAUAUGGUUAUUCUGAACUACAUUAAACACUAGAACCGACAUGCAUCAAAUAGUUUUUAUUAUGAAAAAUCUGUUUUAGUAACUUUUAUAGUUUAAGUCUCGUUCGUGUUAUUUCAGCUUUACUUGUUCCAACCUCCACAAAUUAUUGUAAAUAAACUUGUUUCCGCACUUUAUGAAAAAAAAGAAA